AGCAUGUUUAGUAAGGUUACAGUCUUUGUGUGUGUGUGUGUGUUGGCUAAUACUACCGGUAAAAGUAACACUAACAGUGAAAAGUGACUGAUGAUGAAUAGCUGUGGUGUGGAUCUAUGCAUAGAUGGUAGACCCUUAAUCAACCAUAGCAUGGGUGUUAUGCCAGGUAUUCAUGUAGAAGGUCCUGGCAACACAUGGAAUAGUCAACAAAGUUCAAGUUUUGAUUCAAGGGGAUACGAACACUCACACAGUACAACCUAUGGCAACAUGAAUGACAGAAUAAUGGAAGGACUUCCAAAUAGUUAUACUCAUUCAUCUUCAGCUAUGUCUUCAAUAAUGGGUAAAUCCAAGGACCCGUACUCAAUGCCAUACCCAUCUAUGUCCAGAGAAUCUAACCUUACACCUAAUGCACAUGUAGCGAGUGGAAUGCCAACUCUUACCAGCGACAUGUCCAGCGGUAGUUCACUUUCACCUCAUGCCAAGCCUGGUUCACCUUAUUACUAUAGCCCUCACCACAGACGCAGACCACUUGUGCCUGAACAUCCUACAUUUACAGGGCCACCAAAACGAAGGAAAGGCCCCCCAGGGGGGUUAACAGUGUAUUCUCCUAAUAGUCAAGAGGACUAUCACCAUUCAUCCGAUCCAUCCAGUUACCCUUCCCCUAAGCCUCCAGGCAUAUAUCCUAACGAGUACUUCAUGGAUGCUGCUUCAGGCACCCACAGUCCACAUAGUACAGAUCCCUGGAACAGUAAUGGGCUGGCCCCAUCCAGUGCUAGCUUUCAUUCUACUUCCAUCUUAGGCAACUCUGCUUCUUCAUAUUCACAAUCACAAACUACAUACCCACCACAUGAACCUAUGGUAAGAAAACAAAAUGUAUAUCAUUCUCUUAUUUUUCUGUUAAAUUAAAAACAAUCAUUAUGCUCCUCACAACUGAUAUUUUAUAGUCUUUUUUAAUGUUGUGGCUAUGAGCCUGUUUUCAC